AUGAUUGGUAGAAUGGUGUCAGAACAACAAGGUGUUUUCAUCAAAGGAAGAAAUAUACAUGAAAAAAUUUUCUUAGCAUCUGAGCUUGUGAAUGAGAUGAAUAUUAAGAGAAGGGGUGGCAAUGUAGAAUGUGAUAUACAAUGGCUUCAGAAGAUUUUUGAGUCAGCAAGAAUUUUUGUACUUGUAAAUGGGGGACCAUGUGGAUUCUUUGGAGUAGGGAGAGGGCUCAGGAAAGGUGAUCAUUUAUCACCAAUCUUAUUUGUCCUAGUUGAGGAAGUUUUGAGCAGAAACAUUACAAAGUUGGUCCAAAUGGGCCAAGAAGUGAAUAAAGUAAAAAGCAAAUGUUUUGUAGGAGGGGUAUCUGCCUCAAGACAAAACAGUAUUGCAGAACAAAUGCAGAUGAAAUUAUCUUUUUUCCCUGAUAAGUAUUUAGGAGAGAUUCUAAAUCAAGGAAGAGUCAAGUCUCAUCAAGUAUGGGGGAUAGUAGAAAUGAUGCAGAAAAUGCUAGCUGGUUGGAUGGGAAAGCUAUUAGCUUUUUCUCCAAGACUGACUUUGGUUAAAUUUGUAUUAUUCAGUAUGCCCAUAUACAAUAUGUCAGUGUAUAAGUGGCCCAAGAAUGUAAUUCAAGCCUGUGAAAGAAUCAUCAGAAACUUCUUAUGGUCAGGGGAUCCUUCUGUCAAAAAGUUAGUGACUGUAAAGUGGGAUGAAGUGAAUUCUCCAAUAGCAGAGGGGGGGUUUAGGUUUGAGGAGACUUGA